CUGGACACACCUGCUGGCUGAGGGUGACACAACCCUGUGCCCUGUCACUCUGUUCCCGCUUAUCUCCCGCCUUUUUGGCGCCACUACCUUCUGGGAAAUGAGUUAGGACAAAGGGGAGGGGGCUUAGCACCCCUGCCUCCCCCAGCGGGCCCCAUAAAAGCAACUGUGACAGCCCAGACACCGGAGCGGUCCUAGACCUACAAGCAGGACGGCUAGACACAGCACAAUGGCACUGAGCACACGGAUCCAGGCUGCCUGUCUCCUGCUCCUUCUCCUGGCCAGCCUUACCAGUGCCUCAGUUCUGCACCAGACAAAAGAGCUUGCAGACCUCCAGACUCAGGACACAGCUAGAGCCUCUGCUGGCUUGACGACUGGGCUCCAGAGGCUGAGGAGGCGAGACACCCACUUCCCCAUCUGCAUCUUCUGUUGUGGUUGCUGCCAUAAAUCAAAGUGUGGGAUCUGCUGCAAGACGUAGAGCCUCCUGGCCCUCCUCUCCCUCCCUUAUUUAUUCCUGUCACCCUCCAACACUUGGUGAAUGGUCUCGGAAUAAAAUGGCUGGUUCUAGCUUUUGUUUUCCAAA